AUGGCGGAGAAGGAAGAAUGCAAGGUCCUCAUUGACCAAGCGAGCAACGAUGUCGCCGAUCCACCACGCGAAGACGAGGACGACGACGAUAGCAGGAGCUUCAUCGUGGUCCUCAACCUGGUCCUCGGCGGCACGGCGCGCCUGAACGUGCUCCUCCCGACAGCCACGAUCCUCGCGUUCGCCAUCUUCGCCCCUCUCCUCACCGACGACGGCAAGUGCACCCGGCUGAACCGCAUCCUGACCGCGGCCUUCGUCGUCCUGUGCGCCGCGUCCUGCGUCUUCUUCACGCUCACCGACAGCUUCCGCUCAGCCUCGGGCCGCCUCCGGUACGGCGUCGCCACGCCCACGGACAUCCGCACGUUCUGCUGCGGCGGCGGCAGCCACCGGAGGAGGAAGGGGCCGAGGGAGCCGGAGCGGUACAGGCUGCGGUGGUCGGACCUGUUCCACACCACGCUGGCGCUGGUGGCGUUCGUGACGUUCGCCGCCUCGCACCACGACGUGGUCCUGUGCUACUACCCCAGCGUGCCCCGGAAGGUCGUCAACACCGUGCCGCUCGUGAUCGGCUUCGUGGUGAGCCUCCUCUUCGUGCUGUUCCCGUCCAGGAGGAGAGGCAUCGGCUACCCUUUCCUGCUCCGCACCGACCUCGUCUACCUGCGCCGCUGA